UUCCUUCAUCACAUUCACAUUCACCACACACAAUACAAUUCUUCUAUACCUAGAAACAACCGAAACAAUUAUUAUUAUUAUCAUUAAAGCAAAAUGGUUCUGUCAUGGACAAGAGGGAGAGUGUUCCGGCGUGCCCGGAAGGGCAAAGAGUUGAACUCCGGUGGCGAUUUGGAGAUAGAGAUUGCGAUUCCCACUCACUUCCGGUGCCCGGUAACCUUGGACAUGAUGAAGGACCCUGUGACCGUGUCCACGGGGAUAACCUACGACAGGGACAGCAUCGAGAAGUGGAUCGAAUCCGGGAACCGCACGUGCCCGGUAACCAAAACGGAGUUGACCAACUUUGACAUGAUCCCCAACCACGCCAUUCGGAGGAUGAUUCAGGAUUGGUGCGUGGAGCACCGUUCCUACGGGAUCGAACGGAUCCCCACUCCUCGGAUCCCGGUUUCCCCGUACGAGGUAACCGACACGUGUACGAGGAUCCUGUCGGCGGCUCAAAAUGGGGACGAGAACAAGUGCGUGGAGUUGGUGAGGAAGGUUAAGGCGUGGGGGAAGGAGAGUGAGAGGAACAAGAGAUGCAUAGUGGCUAAUAACGCUUCUCUCGCGCUUGCUAAUGCGUUCAACUCUUUCUCCUCACGCGGGUUGGUUGAGAUUGAGAAGAACGUGGUUGCGUUGGACGAGAUUCUUGGGGCGUUGACGUGGAUGCGUCCUCUUUCCGAAGAGGGAAGAUCCGUGUUGGGUUCAGCGAGUUCCAUUGCUUGCAUGGUUUGGUUCAUGAACGGUAAACAAUUGUCCACGAGGCAGAACGCUGCUUUGUUGCUCAAGGAGAUGCGUGUUGAGGCUUUGGUCAAUAGUGUGGGAGUUUUUGAGGCUUUGGUUAACAUGGUUAAGGAGCCUCUGGGGAGUGCUUCCACCAAGGCAUGUUUGUCAACGAUUUUCAACUUGGUUUCUUCUAGCAGAGGUGUGACAUGUGAAAGGUUUGUUGAGUUGGGUUUGGUUCCGCUCUUGUUGGAGAUUCUUGUUGACGCGGAGAGAGGGGUGUGUGAGAAGGCUUUGGGAGUGUUGGAUUGCGUUUGUGAUUGCAAACAAGGGGUGGAGGUGGCGAAGGCUAAUGCUUUGACUUUGCCUCUUGUGAUUAAGAAGCUGUUGAGGGUGUCUGAGUUGAGUUCAAGCUUUGCGGUUUCGAUUCUUUGGAAGGUUUGUGAUAAGAACGAGGAAGGGGUGUUGGUUGAGGCGCUUCAGAUGGGGGUGUUUCAUAAACUCCUUGUUUUGUUGCAAGUGGGGUGUGGUGAAGGCACUAAAGAGAAGGCUACUGAGUUGUUGAAGUUGUUGAAUGGUUGCAGGAGCAAAGCCGAGUGUGUUGAUUCAUCCUUGGAUUUCAAGCACUUGAAGAAGCCAUUCUGAUUGAUCUGCUAUAGAAUGAGAUUCGAUUUCCAUUUUUGUAUAGGUUAAAUUGUAGACACAGAAUAUACUCUUUUGUACAAAGACACACAAACAGUCUUAUACGGAUGAUACAAAUUGUAUCUUUAACACUCAAUUGAAGUUUUGAAAUUCAUUCUUUUUGUGUGAAAUUUUAUUUUAGAGACAUAUACAAAGAUGCCAAAAGCUUGUAGGCUUUUAA